GGAAAGCAAGCCACAGAUAAAAAUCAAUGUCAUGUGUGCGUCAGCUUUUUGAUUCGUCUGGAACAUUAUCAUUGGCUUUAUGCGGAACAGUGAUCGAAGUACCCACAAUGGGUCGCGAUUCUAUUCGGAUUAACACAGCUAAUGAGGUCAUCAAGCCCAAUACUGUGAAGAGGAUUCAAGGGCAAGGUCUUCCCUUCCCCAAGGAAUCAUCAAGGAGAGGCGAUCUGCUAGUAUCAUUUGAAAUUAAGUUCCCAGAAUCAUUAACGACGACAGCCAAGGACAUAUUGUUUGAUACACUACCCUAAUCUGUGGUAUAAUUUGAUACUAACUCAAAAAAAUAUUGCAAUUGUUAUCAUUGAAAGUUGUGUUUCGAAGAGGAAUUUAUCAUAUUACGUGAAGACUGAGGUUCCUGUAAAUAGUACAUGAUAGAUCUAUGUACAUAUUAAUCAUUUAUGUCUAGAUUUGGUUUUAUUUAUGUACUAGUUGUACUUGCACCUCAAACACAGGCUACAUUGUAAUUAAGAUUAGUUUGUAUGAUAAUUUAAUUAUUGCUUAUUAUUAACUUUGUACGGUAUUUCUAUUUAUGAAGAUGGUUCAAAACUUUGAGAUAUUUUAUAUAUGCAAAAUUUUCAUAAGAAUAUCUGUUCUAGUUUUCUAGAGAUAGAAUGGGUAAAUGUGUAUGUAAAUUUGAUUUUUAAGCGCAAUAUUUAAUUAUUUUUUAAGGUCAUAUAUCAUCAACACUUGUGCAUAGUGUUUGUAUAUAAGUUAUUUAAAAAUUUGUUAUAUAAUAACUCAUUAAUUUUGGAGUGAAUGUGAAAUCUGUUGUCUUUCUGGAAAGCCAAUAUUUAUGUAUGAAUAUCUACGAAAGAAUUUAAUUUAUGAUUUGUUUUGGUAUUAUUUAAAAAUCUAAUUCAAAUGGUAUAUUUUAAUGCUAUUGCAAUUUUCUACACCUAAAUUCUCAAUGCGACAUCCCUUCAAGGUAUCGCUUACAUCUUAUUCAAUAUACAUUGUACUAAAAUAUUUUUAAGUGCACAUGGGAUGGUUAGAUUUUAUUGCUGUCAUGAAGAGAAUUUAUUGUGUUACAACGUGAU